AUGGCUGAGCCCACCUUUGACAUCCUCUCCCUGCCUGUCGAGCUGCAGUGCCUCAGCAUCAGCUUCCUCGACCCUGCCACCCUCGUCUCCCUCAGCCAGGCAGACACCUACUUCCGCCGCCUCAUCCAGCCGGGGCGCCAUGAGAUCGUCCAGCGCCUGUUGCAGCUCGAGUGCACAGAGGAGCACGGGGGCGGCCUGAGCCAACUUCCUUUCUCCUCGUGGAUCCAUUUUGCCUCGAUGCGCGAUCGCUGCACAAAGACCGACCGCUGGGCCUGCACCGGCUGUCUUCGCCUCCUCCCUCACACCUCCUUUGACAAUCACAGCCUCAUGCGCCUUGGCUAUCGUAAACCUGGUGCUGGCUCACCCGCCGCCGACCCCAUCACCGACUGGGGCGCUGCCCGGAAGCGCUGGGGACGGCGAUUCCACCAGCCCAAGGAGGACGUGUCAGAGCAGCCGCUCCAAGAUGGCGAUGCCGAUGAGCGCUGGGGCAGCAAACGCCAUCUCCGCAGAUGCAACGAAUGCCGCUUCCAGAACCAGGAGCUGGGCAAGGCCAACUCCCGCGAGAGAGGCACCCCCGCCGUCCCCAUCCAGCCCAGCAGGGGCCUCGCCUUCGCCUCGUCACGAGACCGCUUCUUCCCCGGACUCGCAGAGCAUGUGGGGCUUGGACCCCUCUCUGAAGUCGUCGCUGGCUCCAGUUCUGGUUCCAAGCAGUUCUGGCCCACGCGCAUGAUACGCUGCCCUGAGUGUGCCGAGUGGCAGGAGAUGCGUUCGUUCCGCCUCGGCACCAAGAACUCGCGCUGGGUGCCUAUAUAUGCCAACGAGGAGCCCGAUUUUUGCGCCUGGAACUGGGACGAUACCAAAUUGACCCGGUCGGUCAUGGACGGGCUCCGCUGCAACUCUUGUUUCGUCGAGGAGCAUGGCGUCGAUGCCCUCGCCAGGGUUCUCUCUGGCUGGGCCAAGAAGCUGAUGAGGUCCGAGGUGUCCUCGGCCGAGUUCGCCCUUUUCAGCGGCUGGGAGACGGUCCGGUCAAACCUCAAGCACAUUCCUCUCGACUACCAGGCCCGGUUUGAGGAGAUCCUGCGGAAGCACGAGCCCAGCAUCCCGGGCCCCAUCAAUCCCAAGACCCUCCCAGUGUACAAGUCUGCCCACGAUGAGCUCCGCUGCGCGUGGGAUCAGAUGGCAGCGGAGGAGGGUUCGCUCUCAAACUUUGGUGGGCAGGCAUUCGAUCAGUGGCUGAACCACUACCAUGUGUACGAAGCAAGGUGGGAAUUGGUGACGAAGCUCCAUGCUGUUGUUGUGAGGCAGCCCGAGGUGCUUGCUGCCUGGGCGUUGAGCUGA